CUAUCCUCAGAUCACACAACGCUGAACUCAAAGCUCAAAGUUCAUACGGGGACUCUAGUCUCUGUUCUUGUUUCUUACAGCCAACACCAUACAAGAGAGCUCUCGCAUACCCAACAAAAGCAGCAUACCUGAAAAGAAGAGGGUAGCCUCCUUGCACCGAUCACAACUCCAGAAACAUGGCUUCAGCAGCAGCAGCAGCGAACUUGGGCUCAUCAUCUUCAUCUUUAAAGAGGCCUGGUAAAAAGCCCAACACCCAUUGCUCUCUCCAAACCCCUUCCACUCUUCAUUUCCCGAAGCAAUCCACUACAUACACACCAUCAUCCACUACUAUUUCCACUCCCACCACCAAACACCCAAAACGAGACACUCCCUCUCCUGUUGCGCCUUCUCCAAAACAACAGCAAAAGCAAUGGAAUUUCUUACAAAGUGCUGCAGCUAUGGCUUUAGAUGCUGUUGAGACUGCUUUAGUUUCACAUGAACGUCAACACCCUCUACCCAAAACAGCUGACCCCGGAGUCCAAAUCUCUGGCAACUUCGCUCCGGUACCGGAGCAACCUGUCGUUCAAGAUUUACCGGUCACCGGAAAAAUCCCAGAUUGUAUUCAAGGUGCUUAUCUUAGAAACGGAGCCAACCCAUUUCAUGAGCCAGUAGCUGGUCACCAUUUCUUUGAUGGGGAUGGCAUGGUUCAUGCUGUUCAGUUCAAGAAGGGUUCAGUCAGCUAUUCUAGCAGGUUCACUGAGACUAAUAGGCUUGUUCAAGAACGUGGGUUGGGACGUCCUUUAUUCCCAAAGGCCAUAGGUGAGCUACAUGGUCAUUCGGGCAUAGCUAGGCUCUUGCUCUUUUAUGCUCGUGGAGCUUUUGGUAUUGUUGAUCCUAGCCAUGGCACUGGUGUUGCAAACGCUGGUCUUGUUUACUUUGAUGGUCACUUACUGGCAAUGUCUGAAGAUGAUUUGCCUUACCAUGUUCGUGUACUUCCCUCUGGUGACCUUCAGACUGUUGGACGAUAUGAUUUUGAUGGUCAGCUUAAGACAACAAUGAUUGCUCAUCCAAAAGUUGAUCCAGUCUCAGGUGAAUUGUUCGCACUUAGUUAUGAUGUUGUUCAAAAGCCUUACCUCAAGUACUUCAGAUUCUCCCCCGAUGGUAAAAAGUCGCCCAAUGUUGAAAUCCCACUUGAUCAACCUACUAUGAUGCAUGAUUUUGCUAUCACAGAGAGGUUUGUUGUGGUACCUGAUCAGCAAGUUGUGUUCAAAUUGCCUGAAAUGAUUCGGGGAGGAUCUCCGGUGAUUUAUGACAAGAAUAAGAUGGCAAGGUUUGGGAUUUUGGACAAGAAUGCCACUGAUGCUUCCAAUAUUAGGUGGAUUGAAACACCUGACUGCUUCUGUUUUCAUCUUUGGAAUGCUUGGGAGGAGCCUGAGACUGAUGAGGUUGUUGUGAUUGGUUCAUGUAUGACCCCGCCGGACUCCAUUUUUAAUGAAUGUGAUGAGAGUUUGAAAAGUGUGCUAUCAGAAAUCAGGCUCAAUUUGAAGACCGGCAAGUCUACUCGCCGUCAGAUCCUGUCUGAAGCUGAUCAGGUCAAUUUAGAAGCUGGAAUGGUGAACCGGAACUUGCUCGGUCGAAAAUCCCGGUUUGCUUACUUAGCACUGGCUGAGCCAUGGCCUAAAGUUUCAGGUUUUGCCAAAGUAGACCUCUCAACUGGAGAGGUACACAAGUAUAUUUAUGGAGACCAGAAAUUCGGUGGAGAGCCUUUGUUUCUUCCACGAGACCCCAAUUCAGAGAGGGAAGAUGACGGGUACAUUUUAGCUUUCGUGCAUGAUGAGAAGGAAUGGAAAUCAGAGCUGCAAAUUGUGAAUGCAAUGAAUUUAAAGUUAGAAGCCACAGUUAAGCUUCCAUCGAGAGUUCCAUAUGGCUUUCAUGGCACGUUUAUUGGUGCCAAGGAUUUGGAGAAACAGGCCUAGUGGAAGAGAUGGUAUAGCCUGGAGACAAAAGGGGAUUAUCUUGUAUCUAAUUUUUUGUUAGCGGAUGAGAGAGAGGAGAUUUUAUCAGAGGGAUGCUUGCGGAUACGUCCCCGGAAUCUCCUUCUCUAUACAGAAUUAUCAAACCUGUUUCUGGGUUCUGUUUCAGUUUUUUUACCGCCCCCCCUUUUUUUUUGGUUUAACUAAGAGUGAGGUUUUGAGGGACCAGCUUGUAGCUCGUGUGGGUUUUAGGUAGAUUUAGAGCUCAGCUGGUCUUCUGCAUAUUCUUUCACUUUUCACUUUUUUUUGUGCAUGAAUAUAUAUAUUUACGACAGCUUAUGUAUUAAA